AUGCGCUUCUCUAACAUGUUCCAGCUUUACGCCAUUGCUGCCUGCAGCUCGCACGCGCUCGCCCUAGGAACCGCCGAAGGGCAGCGCGGUGCCGCUGUUGUGCAGAGAGACUCCAUUGGCGCCGGCGCCGACGGGGUGCAGCACCAAUCGCUCGAGCGUCGAAGUCCCUCCCCGGGCCUCUUCGGAUCGAGGAGGGGCGGCCGCACACGCACAAAGGCUGCUCCGGCUCCGAAGGAGGAUCCGAAGGAGGAGUUCUUUGACGCCAACGACAGUUUCCCCCGCCAAAAGGCCAACGCUAGAUUGGCUGCACUACAGAGGGCCAACCCACAACAGACGGGGUCCGGGGCUGGGCGUCCCAGUCGGGCAGAUGCUGCCAGCAGACUGGCUGCAUUGCAGCAGGCCAACCCGCAGCAGACGGGGUCCGGGACUACGCGUCCCAGUCGGGCAGAUACUGCCAGCAGAUUGGCUGCACUGCAGCAGGCCAACCCGCAGCAGACGGGGUCCGGGACUACGCGUCCCAGUCGGGCAGAUACUGCCAGCAGAUUGGCUGCACUGCAGCAGGCCAACCCGCAGCAGACGGGGUCCGGGACUACGCGUCCCAGUCGGGCAGAUACUGCCAGCAGAUUGGCUGCACUGCAGCAGGCCAACCCGCAGCAGACGGGGUCCGGGACUACGCGUCCCAGUCGGGCAGAUACUGCCAGCAGAUUGGCUGCACUGCAGCAGGCCAACCCGCAGCAGACGGGGUCCGGGACUACGCGUCCCAGUCGGGCAGAUACUGCCAGCAGAUUGGCUGCACUGCAGCAGGCCAACCCGCAGCAGACGGGGUCCGGGACUACGCGUCCCAGUCGGGCAGAUGCUGCCAGCAGACUGGCUGCACUACAGCAGGCCAACCCGCAGCAGGCGGAUCCCACGACGGGACGUCCUGGCGGUGGCACCGUUGCUGCUCAGGAGGACCAAUUCUUUGACGCCAACGACAGGACUGCGCGGCAACAGGCGAGCGCCAGGUUGGCACAACUACAGAGGGCUAACCCACAGAGGGCUGACCCACAGCGACCGACGCUCUCGCGCUCCGGGCAGAUUCAGAAGAGGCCUAGGAGGCCUCGCGGACGUGGACUUGGUCUUUCGCAGGCUGUCUAA